AUGCUCUCGAUCCGCCCCCUCCUCCUCAUCCUCUUUGCCUCUAUCCUGUAUGUCUCUGCUCUCCCCCACUCAACCCCCACAGUCUCAGAAGUCAACGACCAACAAGCCCAUAUCCGGUCCAUCGUCGCCGCCCGCCAGUUCUCGCUCGCCAAACACCUCGCGCGCAAAGACAUCAAAGAGACUGUCGAUCUCGUCCGUCGGACAUCGUGCACAGAUGUACCAGGGCCCAAGAUCAGCGGCAAAGUCUACCCAAAGUGCCCCAAGAGUGCUGGAACAGGGUAUGCCAAGUACACCGGCUGGACGUUAGCCCAAGAUGAUAUCAGCCCUUACAAUCCUAUCUGGCCUCGCGUCCCGUCCGGCGAGAGCUGCAUUGCAGCCUGCAACUCUUAUAUCAGUACCAACAAACAAAUCUGCAUCGGCGUCGUCUUUGCCUUCUCCGGUAACCCUCGGCCGAACGGCACGCCCUGCUUCCUCAAGGCCCAAGGUCUCUGCCACGGCACAUGGCAACGGAUCGGUCAGGAGGUCACGUACCUCAAGGGCGGUUGUGCGGCGUGGCAGGGGCUCGUACCUGCUAAUGUCGACGCUGCGUGCUGUAACAACUAG